AUACUAUUGUGGCGCUAUCACUCAAUCGCCCCAUCUCUUUCAUCCUAUAAAUCCACUAAAUCCCACAAUCCCACGACCCCGCUCGGAGAAACCACCGCCGCGCCGCCCUUUGUCUCACUAAAAGGUUACCGAUGACCGAUGAUCAAAAGCUCGUCCCUUCUUCAGCCACUGAAGCGACAACCACCAAGAAAAAGCAACUUUGAAGCGACGAAAGCCACGAUCUCUCUUUCUAUAUAUAUAUGUACUACCCGCCUUGCGACUGAAACAUGUCCCUAGUGGCAGACCCGGAAGACGCGCACAGGAUUGGCGCGUAUCGACCGUGGUAUCUCCCGUUUCGCUCGAGGAAUUGCAACGCCGAUCCAUACCGCAGGGGCUCCGCCUUUGCCCAUGCGCCGUGGUGGACUCCGUUGAUUUUCGAGAAUGACAGCAGUGAUGCUCGCGACCACUGUGCAAAUGAGAGGACUUUUCUCUCCUACCUCCGCCUCUCGGUCUAUAUGUCGGUAGUCUCCAUAGCCAUCAUCCUCUCCUUCCACCUCAAAGACGAACCUUCCGACUUCGAACUACGCAUGGCCCUACCCCUCGGCAUCGUCUUCUGGUGCCUCGGGCUAUUAUGCCUCGUGCUCGGGUUUGGAAAUUACGUCAAGACGAUGACGCUAUAUAGCAAGCGAGUGGCGCUGGUGCAAUCAGGUUGGAAAACACAGACUACAUUUGGAUUGGUGGCAGCAAGUAUAGUAGCCGUGUGCAUCCUGUUCCUGGCUACGAAUUCGACAAAGGAUUCAUGAUAUCCCGAGAUAAACUUAUGAGUUAUAGGUUGGCUUUUUGGUUACGGCGUUUUGGCGCGGUGGGAAUUAUACAUGCGAGGGAAAAGGGAUACUAUACCAUGGAGGGGACAAUUAUUAAUGACUGGAUAUACAGAACAGCGAGUCGAGCAAUAUACCC